ACAAAACUGAUUGAAAAAUCCCAUGUGGAAAAAGUUGACGGAUAUCUGAACGAUCUGAAAGCUCUGAACUAGUAGCAAAGCGUCAUUCAAGCAAAACUAGCUCAUCCCCACAACCCAAACUCUUUCUUCAUCUUUCAGAUUCCUAUCCGACGGCGACUCAGUUGUGACCAUGGCUGAGUUGGUGGGCGGAGCUUUUCUCUCUUCUUUCCUCAAUGUUUUGUUCGACCGGAUGGCUUCCAGUCGCUUCCUCGAUUUCAUCUCUGGGAAGAAAAACGACAACGAGCUGCUCAUGAGGGAGUUGAAGCUCAAGUUGCUCACUGCUAACAAGCUGGUUGACGAUGCCGAGGAGAAGCAGAUGACAAGGCCGACCGUGAGGAGGUGGCUCGACGACCUCAAAGAUGCUAUCUAUUGUGUAGGAGAGUUGCUGGACGAGAUCAACACUGAAGCUCUUCGACGCCAGCUGGAAGGUGACGAUGAGCAUUCUCCUGCAGCUAGCAGCAGCACAAGCUGGAUCACGAGAUCAGUAUUCAAGUCUUCUUCUCCGUCCGAUGAAUUUCACGACUCUCUUGAACCGAAGAUAUCAAACAUUCUGGGGGUGUUAAACAUCAUUCUCAAUGAAAGAGACGGUCUUGGUCUGAAAGAAGGAGUUCAACAUAGACCACAAGACAGAACUCGUCAAACUACUUCUCGGGUCGAUGAGUCUGACGUCUUGGGAAGGGAAAAUGACAGAGAAACGAUUCUUAAAUCAUUGCGUUCGGAUGAUACUGCUGGCCCCAAGAUAGGAGUGCUUCCCAUCGAGGGCAUGGGAGGGAUCGGGAAGUCCACCCUUGCUCAACUUGUGUACAAAGAUGUCAAGGAUGACUUUGAUGUUCAAGCAUGGGUUUGUGUCGGAGAAGAACUUGAUAUUCUUCAAAUAGCGCAAACAAUAUAUGGGAGGAUCACGGAUCAAACUUGCGGGAUCACAGAUCUGGAUCUGCUGUCUGAAAGGUUGGAGAAGGUUUUGACAGGAAAAAAGUUCCUCUUCGUUCUUGAUGAUGUCUGGAGUGAGGAUUAUCUUCUUUGGAAAAACUUGAUGACUCACUUCAAUAGUUGCGGAGUACGCGGAAGUAAGAUCAUUGUCACAACACGCCAAAGACGCGUUGCAUCUAUCACCGGGCCUCUUUCAACACAUUAUCUACAGGGAAUAUCCGAGGACGAUUCUUGGUCGUUAUUUGCAAAGCAUGCCUUCACGGAAGACAGUGUUAUUCCUGCCCAUCCGCAUCUUGAAGCCAUUGGAAGGCAAAUUGUUAAGAAGUGUCAAGGCCUUCCUUUAGCUAUAAAAUCAAUGGGGGGCCUGUUAUACUCUGUUUUGAAUCCAAAGGAAUGGGAAAAGAUAUUGAAGAGUGACUUAUGGGAGUUGCCAAAUGAUAAGGUUUUGCCGGCUCUAUGGUUAAGUUACCAAUAUCUACCUCCGCAUCUCAAACGUUGUUUUGCUUAUUGUGCAAUAUUUCCUAAAGGUUACAACUUUAAAGCUUCACAGUUAAUUUUAUGGUGGAUGGCUGAAGACCUCUUACAACCCCACGGGAAGGAGGCAUUGGAAGAUGUUGGAAGUGAUUACUUUGAUAUUCUAGUAUCAAGGUCUUUCUUUCAACAUUCAAAAGACCAGUAUUUUCAGUCAUAUUUCACCAUGCAUGACCUUAUCAAUGAUUUAGCAAAGUUUGUAUCUGGAGAGUUUUGUUUGAGAUUGGAGGACGACCAUCUGACAGUCGACAGAAAUAUAUGCAGAGUUCGUCAUGUUUCUUCCAUGAACUUCUGCAAUCAAAGUACUCAGAAUCUUGGGGCACUAUACAAGGCUAAGCAUUUGCACGGCUUUCUACGACUACAUUCGGUACAUUUUAUCAGAUUGGGAAACAAACCGAUUGAUCUAUUGCUAGUUCUACCAUAUUUAAGAGUGCUCAAAUUACAAGAUUUGGAUAUUGAUGAGUUACCUAGUUCAAUUGGCGACUUAAAACAAUUAAGGCAUUUGGACGUGUCUUGGACUUUCAUAACAGAAUUACCUGAUAAGGUGUGCAACUUGUACAAUUUACAGACCUUGUUAUUGGAAUUUUGUCAUCGGCUGAUUCAACUACCUUCCGAAUUGGGGAGACUAAUCAACUUGCGCCAUCUCAAUAUCAGAGGAACAGAGAUCAAACAGAUGCCUGCAGGGAUGUGUAACUUCAAAAAUCUCCAGACAUUAAGCGAUUUUGUGGUGGACAAACAAACAGGUCAAAGGAUUGGAGAGUUAAAAGAGCUUCAGCAUUUGCGCCAAGAUCUUACAAUCUCGGGACUUGGUAACAUUGACCAUGAGGGGAAUGCUUUGGAAGCAGAUAUCAUGAGCAACAAGGAGUAUCUGGACAAACUUGUUUUGACAUGGCGAGAAGGUGAUGAUGAUACCAGUAAUCAUGAUCCAGAAAAUGACAGAGAAGUGCUCAAGAAGCUCCAACCUCAUACAAACCUCAAACAAAUUGAGAUUAGAUCUUAUGGGGGUUUAGAAUUUCCAGGUUGGUUAGCAGAUCCAUCUUUCUCUAAACUAUCUCAUAUUGUACUUAUAGAUUGCAAACAUUGCCGCUUAUUGCCACCACUUGGGCAACUACGCUUCCUCAAGGAUCUUUUUAUUCGAGGGAUAAAUAACGUGGUGGAGAUAGAUAGCGAGUUUUACGGUAAUGAUUCACUUGCUCCAUUUAGUUCUCUAGAAAAAUUGUGCUUGCGAGAGAUGUGGAACUGCCAAAAGUGGUUAUAUUAUGAUGGAAGCAGAGGCAAUACCACAAUACUGUUUCCUAAUCUUCGUAAGCUUGAACUGAGCAGAUGUCCCAAGCUGACUGAGAUAUUACCGUUGGAGAAGCUGCCAAGGCUUGAAAGGGUACGAUUGUGGGACCUGGAAUCCUUCAGCGGUUCACUUGCACAUGUGGAAUCUGAAUGCCCUAAAUUCCUCUCCCUCGUUCACUUGGAAAUAGAAAUCUGCCCAAAUUUUGUAUGUUUUCCAGAUGGAGGGAUGGAUGCACCCAAAUUGGAGGAGCUGCGUAUCUCUCAAUGCAAGAAGUUGAGGUCGUUGCCAGAACAAAUGCAUACCCUUCUACCGUCUCUUCAGAAAUUGAAAGUGUUUGACUGUCCAGAAGUGGAAUCAUAUUACGAUGGAAGCAGAGGCAACACCACAAUACUGUUUCCUAAUCUUUGUGAGCUUGAACUGAGCAGAUGUCCCAAGCUAACUGAGAUAGUACCGUUGGAGAAGCUGCCAAGGCUUGAAAGGGUACGAUUGUGGGACAUGGAAUCCUUCAGCGGUUCACUUGCACAUGUGGAAUCUGAAUGCCCUAAAUUCCUCUCCCUCGUUCACUUGGAAAUAGAAAACUGCCCAAAUUUUGUAUGUUUUCCAGAUGGAGGGAUGGAUGCACCCAAAUUGGAGGAGCUGCGUAUCUCUCAAUGCAAGAAAUUGAGGUCGUUGCCAGAACAAAUGCAUACCCUUCUACUGUCUCUUCGGAUAUUGAAAGUGUUUGACUGUCCAGAAGUGGAAUCAUAUUACGAUGGAAGCAGAGGCAACACCACAAUACUGUUUCCUAAUCUUUGUGAGCUUGAACUGAGCAGAUGUCCCAAGCUAACUGAGAUAGUACCGUUGGAGAAGCUACCAAGGCUUGAAAGGGUAAAAUUGAGGCACCUGGAAUCCUUCAGCGGUUCACUUGCACAUGUGGAAUCUGAAUGCCCUAAAUUCCUCUCCCUCGUUCACUUGAAAAUAAAAAACUGCCCAAAUUUUGUAUGUUUUCCAGAUGGAGGGAUGGAUGCACCUAAAUUGGAGGAGCUGCUUAUCUCUCAAUGCGAGAAAUUGAGGUCGUUGCCAGAACAAAUGCAUACCCUUCUACCGUCUCUUCGGAUAUUGAAAGUGUUUGACUGUCCAGAAGUGGAAUCAUAUUACGAUGGAAGCAGAGGCAACACCACAAUACUGUUUCCUAAUCUUUGUGAGCUUAAACUGAGAAGAUGUCCCAAGCUAACUGAGAUGGUACCGUUGGAGAAGCUGCCAAGGCUUGAAAGGGUAAAAUUGAGGCACCUGGAAUCCUUCAGCGGUUCACUUGCACAUGUGGAAUCUGAAUGCCCUAAAUUCCCCUCCCUCGUUCACUUGGAAAUAGAAAACUGUCCAAAAUUUGUAUGUUUUCUAGAUGGAGGGAUGGAUGCACCCAAAUUGGAGGAGCUGUGUAUCUCUGAAUGCAAGAAAUUGAGGUCGUUGCCAGAACAAAUGCAUACCCUUCUACCGUCUCUUCGGAUAUUGAAAGUGUUUGACUGUCCAGAAGUGGAAUCAUAUUACGAUGGAAGCAGAGGCAACACCACAAUACUGUUUCCUAAUCUUUGUGAGCUUGAACUGAGCAGAUGCCCCAAGCUAACUGAGAUAGUACCGUUGGAGAAGCUGCCAAGGCUUGAAAGGGUAAAAUUGAGGCACCUGGAAUCCUUCAGCGGUUCACUUGCACAUGUGGAAUCUGAAUGCCCUAAAUUCCUCUCCCUCGUUCACUUGAAAAUAAAAAACUGCCCAAAUUUUGUAUGUUUUCCAGAUGGAGGGAUGGAUGCACCUAAAUUGGAGGAGCUGCUUAUCUCUCAAUGCGAGAAAUUGAGGUCGUUGCCAGAACAAAUGCAUACCCUUCUACCGUCUCUUCAGAAAUUGGAAGUGUUCAGCUGUCCAGAAGUGGAACCAUUUCCUCAAGGAGUGUUGCUGUCAAAUUUACAAGACCUUUCAAAUUUACAAGACCUUUCUUUUGAGUGUUGUAGAAAACUCGCCGCAAACCGCUCACUGUGGGGUUUAACAAGACUCAACUCUCUUAGAAAGUUGGAAAUCAACUUCACUGAAGAAUGUGGAGAAGAAAUGGGAUGUUCGUUUCCGGAUGAGGGGCUCCUGCCCACCGCUCUCACUCAACUCGCCAUCCGCAAACAUCCGAAUCUUACAACAAUCCAAGGCAAGGUGUUGAGACAACUCACCUCUCUUCAAGGCCUCACAAUACAAGGAUGCCCUGAGGUCCAGUGCUUUCUUGAAGAAGCGCCAAAAUCUCUGAAAGGCUUGUUUAUUUUUGAGUGCCCUAAUAUCAGGUGCUUGCCAGGAGAAUGGCUUCCCACGUCUCUUUCUCGACUGGAUAUACGGAGGUGUCCGCUGCUAGAAGAACGAUUCCGGAGAGAGACAGGGGAAGAUUGGCCCAAGAUUGCUCACAUCCCCUACGUGGACAUGGAAUAGAUGUUCUUGUUAUAGACAGGGGAAGAUUGGCCCAAGAUUGUAGCUAUAUUAUAGAUGUUCUUGAAAUUGGCUCUCUCUUUCUCUCUCUCUCUCUCAGGUGUAAGUGUAUAUCCAGCAGCACAUGCUCUUGUUGUGCAGUGUUGAAUUUGCCACAAACUCUUCCUAAUGCAACAACAAAUGGGGAGCUGGUAUAGCCCUUGUUGUUUUGCGAUGGAGUAGUACUGUGUACAUGAUUACUAGGCUAAAACAAUUUCAUUAGCAGAUCCCAA